AUGCCUUCUACAAGAGUCGCUGCCACCUUCCACCCGUCAUCUUCCGUGCUAGCGUCAACUACAUGUUCACUAUCGAGUAGAAACCUCCGACACCUUGUGGUCGGCAAGCUCGAUCGCCUCGAAGUCUAUUCCAUCCGUCCUGACAAACUUGAGCUCGAAUGCACGUACCAAUUGACAGGAAAGCUGAGUACAUUGAAGGCCAUUCCCGUUUCUCAGCAUCGUUGCAACAUACUUGUUCUCCUGGAUCAUCCCGACCCCGCAACGCUCUUUCUCUCUUAUUUAGAACCUUCUGAAUCCGACCGUGCAAGACUGGUACUGAUAAGUCGCGAAGAUUUGUAUGAGCGUGGCAUACGACCUGCAGAGUUCUUUAUGAAUGUUGUCGUUCAUCCUAAUGGGAAGGUGGCCAUCGUUAGCUGUUACACGCGACGCCUAAAGGUGAUCUUGAUCAGUGAAGGGGCGCCUGAAUCAUAUAAUGAUAUUCAAGUACCUGAAAUUUCAAACAUCCUUGACAUUGCUUUCCUUCCCAUCAACCCACUUUCCGACAUAUACACCCUCUCAAUUCUUCUUCAAGAUCACAAACUUAAUUUCCAAUUGGUCUCUCGAGAUUUAUCUGCAGGAAGCUCUGCAGUCGACCUUUUAGAUGCUUCAGAAAGUCUACGACCCACAGCAAUUCCAAAGAGCAUCCUUCCAUACCUCAGUAGCGAUUGUUUGCCUAAACUUGUCGCGUUGUACCCACAAAAAACUGAUCCUAAAUUCUUGGGAGGUAUCCUGGUCAUCGGCGGCAGAAAGAUAGCUCUUUACGAAUGCGAACCGAGGCCUGACAGUUUUGUCAAAGGGAAGAGGAAGAGGUCUAUCAAGGAGCCAGAGAGACACGACGGUUCUGGAAAUAAAUCAACUGGAACGGACCUAAAAGACAGGAAACCUAUCGCGGUUCUUCAAUGGCCUUGGGGCGACGUUUCUGCUGCUGCACCGAUCGAUUCUGCGGGCGAAAGAAUACUCAUAGGAGACAGAUUUGGACGCUUCAGCAUCCUGUCGACCGCGAGUGUAAAUGCAGACGGUCUUAUUCUGAUUCCAUUGGGAGAGACAUCUUCCCCGACGACUAUAUCAUAUUUAGAUAAUCAAGUCGUCUUCAUCGGUUCACAUCAUGGCGAUUCGCAAGUGAUCAAGAUACACGCUCAAAGCAUUUCGUCCGACGACAAGCCCACUUUGGAAAUACCUCCCCGCGUAGGUACGGUACCGAAGGGCGCUCUUGAGAAAGGGAAGGGUCGAGCUAUAGACGAGGACGAUGACGUUUUCACCAACGGGCGAGUCGUAUCGAACCGUGGAGCAUACCUAACUGUCCUUCAAACAUUCAAGAACAUUGCGCCGAUUUUAGAUGCCGUUCUCACCGAUGUCGAUGGCAGUGGCCAGCCCCAAAUAGUGACCUGUUCUGGAGGGGCGAACACUGGUUCGGUGAACGUAGUCAGAAUGGGCGCCGACUUUGAUGAGCUGGCUGCCGUCACUGGACUCGAAAAUGUAACAAACGUGUGGCCUAUCCGUACGAGUUUUCGCUCCUUGACCCACAGCCAUAUCGUCGUAUCAACUUUGGAUGAGACCCAUAUCUUCCGUAUAACAUCCGGUGAAACUUUGUCGCGCGUGGAGGCGGUCAACAGUUUCGUACUGGAUGAGGCGACGAUUUGUGUAAAGAAUGUGGCACAGAGGGGAAGCACUGGAUAUCAAGAUUCCUUACUGGUUGUGCAGGUGACGGAUGCCGCUGCACAUCUGCUGGAAUAUGAUCCGGCCUCGGACCAGUGGUGGGAAAGAGAUACCUUGAGGGACGACUCGAUCAACGUGGCUGCGAGCAUAAACCCCAGCCAGAUAUUAAUUGCAAGAAAAGGCGGCAAACUGAUGGGGUAUACCCUUGAAGUCCAGGGCCAUAUCAAGAAGUUCAAACCUGUCCUACAGUCUCAACUGGAGUAUUGGGAUGGCAACCCAAAAGAGGGCGAUCCAAAUCACGUCCAACGCCACGAUUGGCGUCUAUCCGAAAUAUCUGCAGUGUCCGUCAAUCCCAUGAACGAAACUGCUUUCUUUACAAAUCAUGUAGCUGUCGCUUUCUGGCAAACACACCAGAUAAAAAUAUACGCAUACAAAGACACUGGCUUCAGUUUCGUAUCUCAAUCUCCACCGCUUCCAGCACCGGUCAGAUCUCUUUUGUUCUACAAUUUCGGGACGGAUGCCAAUACCAGUGGACAAGACCAUCGUCCAUGUCUCGUGGCAGGCCUCUCGAACGGACUCGUUGUUUCGUUUUCUUGUAUUGGAAAGGGGAAGGAGUUGAAAGAUAUGAAAGUUAUAUCACUCGGAGACUCUGCGGUAUCGUUGAGCCCGUGCCAGAUAGAUGGUCGGCGUACGGUUCUUGCGUGUGGAAACAAAUCGGCGAUACUGGCUUGGGACAAAUCCCGAUUACAGCACUCUCCUGUCUUGCUCAAGGACAUCAACUCCGUACAUCAUUUUAAUUCUGACCGUUAUCCUAAUUCGAUUAUCCUCGGUACCAGCUCAGGUAUACAUAUUGGGCGAGUGCAAAAUAUACACAAGAUGCACGUGCGCGGGAUUUCCCUAGGUUUCCAAACCCCGCGCAAGAUAGUUCAUCUUCCAGCACUAAAGGUUUUUGGGGUCGUGACCGAACGAAACGAGCCUGUCGGAGCGGGUGAUGAUGAUCAAAUGUCGAGUGAAUUCCUAAUACUCGACGACACAACUUUUGAAGUCCUUUCACGCUUCACCUGCUAUCACGACGAAUUUGCCAUGUCUUUGACCACUAUGACUUGCACAUUCGUAGAGCCGGAUGAAACUAGGUCGUUCUUCUGUUUAGGCACCGCGGUCAUAAAUCCAUCGGAUCUCGAGCCCAAGGAAGGGAGAAUUGUGAUUUUGGGCACUAAUUCGGCGUCAUCGUCAAACCUGUCCCUUGCAGACCACGUCAAGCUCCGAGUCAACGGCGGGGUUUACUCUAUGGGAGUCAUCAAUGGUCUUCUGGCAGCAGCAGUCAACUCAUCGGUAAUCUUGUACCGCUUGGAGAGAGAACCACUUGGAUUCAGGCUCCAGAAGCUGGCGGAGUGGAAUCACACAUAUGUCAUGGCGAACAUUGUCAUUACUGGGGAACAUCUCGUUGCAGCGGAUUACUUGCAGUCUGUCUCGCUCCUAAAACUAGUGGACAAUUCCAAAUUUGCGACAAUUGCCAGAGACUAUUCCCCCCUGAAUCCAAUCGCGGUCAGCACAUUUGAUGAGAGAAAGAUCAUUGGUGCGGAUCAUAACCUGAACUUGUUCUCUUUUUCUCUACACCAAGAAGGGAAUAGGAAGUUCCUUAAACGUGAUGGGCAUUAUCACGUUGGCGAAGUCGUGUCCAAGUUUUUACCAGGCUCUAUCGUACCAACCAGCACGGAAAAGAGGAUGCAGCCCACCCACAUCUUUUGCACGAACACAGGUCGCAUUGGUGUGAUUGUCGACGUGUCUGACGCGAGUCUCGCCACCGAACUUUCGCUGCUCGAAAUUGGGCUGGCUGCGCUCCACACAGAAGAAAGUCAUGCAAAAUACCGCGCUCCUCGAAUGUCCCUAGGCCGCAGUGACGCGGACGAGCCCGCAUACGGGUUCAUCGAUGGGGAUUUCCUUGAACAGUUAUUACCGCUGGUCGAAGACGCAUCUAACCACGACCAAGUACGCAAAGUAUUUGCGACAUCGAUCGACUCAUCGAGAAUAAGAUCCGGUAAGGAGGAAAUUUACGAGGCUUUGGAGAACCUUCGCAACAUGCAUUGA